CGGGAGGUGAAUUUUGCCGCAUGCAAGCUCCGAGAUUAUAGUGAGGUAUGUGCAACUAGGAACCUAUUCGUUACUAGUAGUUCGGCGCGUAUAGCUCCGCGAUUUCCUUGAUGCUGUAUGGUGGCCUCAGUAAAGCAAAGCAGACGACUGUCUCAACCUGGGAGUUUUACCUCGGUAUCUUUUAUUGAAGUUAUCAAGUGAAAGGAGUCAAAUGGCCCAACAUAGAUAAGGGAAUAAAUGUCGAAGCUUUGGUACAGCACCCCAGCCAAAGAAUGGUCUGAGAGCCUUCCAAUUGGCAAUGGAAGGCUUGGGGCUGUGGUCUAUGGUCGUACUUCAACAGAGCUUCUCCAACUCAAUGAGGACUCUGUCUGGUACGGUGGCCCCUUGGAUCGAACUCCCAGGGAUGCAUUUCGCCAUCUGCCUCAGCUGAGAAAACUCAUUAGAUGCGGGAACCACGCCGAGGCUGAGAAGCUCGUGCGACUUGCUUUCUUUUCAACUCCCCAUUCCCAACGGCAUUAUGAACCCCUGGGUUCCGCUACCCUCGAGUUUGGCCACGAAGCUCUAGAUGUUCAAAGCUAUAAGAGGAGUUUAGAUCUUGAGACUUCUAUUGUCAAGGUCGAGUAUGAGCACCAAGGCAUCCAGUAUGUUCGCGAGACUGCCGCUAGCCAGCCGGAUAAUGUCCUUGCAAUGCGAAUUAAAGCAUCUGAGCCGGUUACAUUCAUGGCACGCUUGACAAGAGUCAGCGAGUGGGAAUACGAGACCAACGAGUUUCUGGAUAGUGUCACCGCAACAGACGGGGUGAUCACCAUGCAUGCCACGCCUGGUGGCAAGGGUAGCAAUAGACUCUGUUGCAUUCUCAGCAUCAAGUGCGAUGGUGAAGGCUCAGUGUCUGCGGUCGGAAACGCACUGGUUGUAACAGCCCGAGAAGCUUUAGUCGUCAUUGCAGCUCAGACGACCUAUAGGCAUGAUAACCCAGAAGUUACAGCAUUAGCAGAUGCCACGAAAGCACUGAAUAUGCCAAAUCUUUGGGAACGGCACAUUGCCGAUUAUAGGUCACUCUACUCUCGAAUGGGCUUGCACCUCUACCCAGACGCGUGUGACAUCCCCACAGAUCAAAGGAUAUCCCAGGCUCCAGAUCCAGGACUGGCCGCCCUCUACCACAAUUACAGCCGCUACCUCCUUAUCUCCUGCAGUAGAGAUGGGUUCAAGCCGAUCCCGGCCACCCUUCAAGGACUUUGGAACCCUUCGUUUCAACCCGCCUGGGGAAGCAAGUACACCAUCAACAUCAAUCUCCAGAUGAAUUACUGGCCCGCGAACGUCUCCAAUCUCGCUGAAUGUGAACUCCCUCUUUUUGAUCUACUUGAGCGCGUUGCCGAGCGGGGCAAGAAAACAGCGAUGACGAUGUAUGGAUGCCGUGGUUGGGCUGCCCACCACAAUACCGAUAUCUGGGCCGACACAGAUCCGCAGGACAGGUGGAUGCCCGCCACCCUCUGGCCAUUGGGAGGUGCCUGGCUAUGCGUGCAUGUCUGGGAAAGCUAUCUCUUCAACCAGGAUACGGAGUUUCUGGCGCGGAUGUUCCCAGUCCUCAAAGGCUGUGUGCAGUUCCUUGUUGAUUUUCUCAUUGAGGACAUCUCAGGUGACCACCUCGUCACAUGCCCGUCCCUCUCUCCUGAGAACUCCUUUUUCGAAGCCGACAAAACCCGUGGUACUCUAUGCGAAGGCUCCACAAUUGACAUUCAGAUAAUUACAUCUGUCUUCGAUGCCUUUAUAUCCGCCUGCGCCACCCUAUCCCUCCCUGCCGAUGACCUGCUUCCCUCUGUCAAAGCCUCCUUGUCCCGCCUACCCCCGCCCAAAAUUGGCUCUUUUGGUCAGCUCCAGGAGUGGCGAACAGAUUACAUGGAAGUCGAACCGGGGCACAGACAUAUCUCACAUCUCUGGGCCCUUCAUCCUGGCUCAGCCAUAACCCCUUCCGCCACUCCUGAUCUGGCAGCGGCGUGUACAGCUGUCCUAAACCGUCGCGCCGAUCAUGGCGGAGGCCACACUGGUUGGAGUCGUGCGUGGUUAAUUAACCUGCAUGCACGGCUUUGGCAAGCUGCAGAAUGCCUGGGACAUGUGAAGAAGCUGCUGCGAGACUCGACAUUACCAAAUCUCCUAGACGUGCACCCGCCUUUUCAGAUUGAUGGGAAUUUUGGGGGCGGGGCGGGAGUUCUAGAGAUGCUAGUACAGUCGCACGAAGGUUUUAUUAGGGUGCUUCCUGCAUGUCCCGCAGAGUGGGAAAGGGGUAGUGUGAGGGGAGUUAAGGCAAGAGGGGGUUGGGAGGUAGAUUUUGAGUGGGAGGGUGGAAGGGUGAAGGGACCAGUGGUGGUGAGGAGUGAAGGGUCUGGAGGGAAAGUGGUAUUCAUGAACAGUUCGAAGGUAGCCUCAUUCCCGGAGGGGAAGGGAGAGCAUCUUGUUUAUGAGCCGGAAGACGUUUAACACAAACAUUCUUGUAUAGACGCAUUCAUUUUAUCUCCGCAUCUAUG